UCCCUGUGUCACGUGACCCCGCCCUCGCCUGGAUACGAGAAAGCGUCGCAUUGGUCGCUACGGAGAAAGAGAGGGGGACGUGUCUGCUGUAGUUUAAAUUCACUUCUACUCACUUUUCCACGCACUCACAGCGACUCGGUGUCAUGGCAGCGCGUGGAAAACGCGUCUCAGUUGUUCGGACAACGACUGAACCGAGUCUUCGCGUCAGUCCGUCCAUGUUUUGUUGCUUCUAAAACGCACCGAUCUUUCUUGUCAUGACAGAUAAAGAUUAGUUAGCAUGCUAGUGGGCUAAGCAGCCGUCCUCAGCAGCACACAGAGACCACGCCUGCCAGUGGCAGUGUGGUAGCAGGUUAUUAGGCAGACAUGGGGAAACUACAGAGCAAGUUUCGCAAGAGGUCCAACCUCUACAGGGCGUCUCAGGGGGAGAAGGCAGAUAAUACUGUCGACAGUCAGGUGGUUCAGUAUGAACCGGCCCAUCAGGGAUCCAUCAACACGGUCACACAUCUCAGCCCAGAUCUGUGUGUUUCUGGGGGCAGUGAUCAGGCUGUGGUGGUGUAUGACUGGAAACAAGGCCGACUAUGUCAGUCCUUCCAGGGUCACAACCGAGAGGUUACCAAGGUGGUGUGUUAUUUAGGCAGCACAUGGAUCUUUAGUGCCUCUCGGGAUAAGACUGUUCUAAUGUGGGACCUACACCAGGGCGAUGAACCUAUCCAGGAGUUCUGUGGGCAUGAGUUGGUGGUCAAUGGAGUAGCUAUCAGCCCUGAUGGGAGAAAGCUGUGCACCGGCUCCCGUGACAAUUGGAUGUGCCUGUGGGACAUAGAAUCCGCAAAAUGUGAACAGAGACACAAUAUCUCGAGAAACCUGGUGACUCAUGUGUGUUGGGUUCCAGACAGCCCCUCUGUAGUCCAAACGUCUGAGGAUAAGACCAUAAGGGUGUGGGACAGCCGUGCAUGGCAGGUGACCAAUACGUUUCCAGCCAAGCAGUAUAUCCAGACCCACUGUGAUGUCUCCCCAAAUGGAAACUACUUGGUGUCCAGCAGCAACGGUUUUGGAGGGCAGGGCUGUGAAGCCACGCUGUGGGACCUGCGUCAGCCUGGAUGUAAGGUCGUGGAAUACAGAGGUCACCUCCAAACCACGGCCUGCUGUGUGUUUCUGCCCACGCCUCCUGGUGGCUCAGCUCAGGUAGCAACGUCCUCCCAUGACGGCUCCAUCAAGAUUUGGGAUCAGAACACAGCAGCUUGUUUAGGGACGUUGUCUCUAGAUGGCGCCGGUCCACUGGUUUCUCUGGCUCCAAGUGACUCCACCAAUCUGCUGUGUGCCAGCUUCAGCAAUGGCCUCAACCAUAUCCAGGUGGGCCAGGGAUCAAUUCAGGCUCAGGGAUGUGGAGCAGGUUCCGGUGGGGCAGGAGGCCUGGACGUUAAGGUAGUGGCACGUUUCUGAAGAACCCCCCCAAAGAGCUGUGGUGCAAGUCUACACACUGGAUGUGAGCGUCAGUUUUUUUUACAGUUUUACAAAACGUAUUUCUACAGACAUUUAGCUUUUCUACACUGCCACUCAGUGAAGAACGACAGAAGAGAGCGGCAAGAGAAUUGCGGGGAGACUUAACACCAAAGCCAUCGUGUCUGUUCUGUCACCUUCUUGGUCCAACUGCAGGAUUUACACAGUUCAUACACCAAUUCAGGACAUCUCUAUACAGAAGGAGUGGUAUUAAAAACUUAAUUCUUAGAGCAGAACUGCUGAUUCUGUCAGAGAAAUCAAAUUGGAAUUUACACUAUCGUCAGUACUUUGAUUUAUUAAUUUAUUUUUUCCAGAUAAAAUCUAGUUGGAACAGUCAGAUUUAGAGUUGUGGUAAAGAUCAUGUCUAUGCUGUUGAUUAGUUUGUGCUCUAAAUUUUAAGCUGUCAAGUGUUAGACCACGGACAGAUCUGAAUAUCAAAACGGCUUUGUUUUGGGUAGGUUUUUAAUCAGCGGGAGUUUAAAAGAUACAGAUCUCAAUAUUUUUUCUAGUGAUGCUGUUGAUAGUUGAUGUGCCGACUGGGAAAAACUACUAUGCAAAACAUCAGCGUUGUUCCUAAUGAAUUAAAAACAGUUUGAAGAAGAAUGGAAUAAAUCCAUAAAGCUGCUCAACUUAAAACCUGCUGCCAGGUAUUUUUAAAAAGGCUUUUUUCCAAAUUUAUAGAAAGCACAAUUAUAUCUGCAAUUAACAAAAGGCUAAGAACUUUUUGUUUGUAUUACUAACAAAUACUAAUAUUAAUAUUGAUAUCAGCUGCCUUAAGUGAAUGAAUUUGGCAACUUUUUUUCCAUUCCUUUGUGAAAUUAUCAUUGUCAGGACAUGACGUGUAUUUUAAUACUAAUGUUAUCAUUGUCGUCUGUUAAACAAAAAGUACAGUUGUUGAUAUACUGGUAACAAGUCAGCUUAAUGUGUUGCUUUGUCAUGUGAUGCCGAUGAGUUCACAUUCAGUAAUUCAUGAGGUUUCUAAAAUGUAGGGUUCACUACAAGCCAUAAAGAAUCAUUAUCUGAGAAUUGACUGGAGUAUUUGUCACUAAACAUCACCGGUUCCUUCGUCUCAUUCUUUACAAUUCAGCAAUAAAACAUUUUUUUA